GCCCGGACAGUGUGGCAGGCAAAGUGUAGUUCAGAGCUCUCUGAGGGGGCCCUGACGGCUGACCAUGGGGCCUAAGCACUGAGGGCCCCCCAGACAAAACUAAAAUACAAAGAAGAGCGGAAAAUAAGCGAAAAAAAGAAGAAUAUUUAAAAGAGAAAAAGAGAGCAGCACAAUGGUUGCGGAGGAAGUGAUAAUUACAUUGUCCGGUGGAGCGCCGUGGGGCUUUCGUCUCCAGGGAGGUGUGGAACAUCAGAAACCGCUCCAGGUUGCUAAGGUGCGUAAACGCAGCAAGGCAUGUAGGGCUGGACUGCGGGAGGCUGAUGAGCUGGUGUCCAUCAACGAACAGCCAUGUGGAACGCUAUCCCACGCCCAGGCGAUGAACUUCAUUGAUAUGUCCCCAGGGAUACUACACAUUCGAGUCAAAAGGGCGCCAGCUGGUUUUCAGUCCGUGGUGCUUGUGACCCGUGCCCCAUCUCCCCGUAUAGACAAAGAGUACCGUGCUGCCCUGCGUGCCAGCGUGUCACCUACCCACCUCCACCAUGCACCUGUCCGUGAAGUCCACCGUAGCCAUUCCUCCAUAACCAGUGGUAUAACAUCUCCACCUGGUAGUGAGGCUUACUAUGGCGAGACUGACAGUGAUGCGGAUGUAGCAGGCUACGAGAGGCAGCGGCGGCAGAAACGCCGCAGCCCCAGCAACUCCGUUCCGGGGAAACCAACAGGGAGAACCUCCCCCGAAGGUGGGGAGACGUCAGAAAUGAGUGGCUAUGACAGUGCUCCAGAUGCACACCUUUACCCAAGUUUGUUGGAUGGACGUGGUGAAGGUGGAGAUGGAGGUGUAGGGCUACCGGGGGUGGCACGACGGGAGGUGAUUUACCAGCCUCCUGCUCAGGGAAUGUGGUCUUCUCAAACAUCCACAGAGACUUCUUCCAUCAUCUCUUCAGCAGAUGACCAGGGUCCACGGGAUGGAGUACAGGAGGAAGACAGUGGUUUACUAGAGCCAGCCAACGUGCCACUGGUAUCUCCUGAAAGGGCCAAGGAAGCACUGAUGCUGGGCUCCCGCAGUCAGCUUGUGCCCAUGGUGGGUCCUGUGAAUAAACCCAUUGAUGACGAACUUACGACAACCUACAUGGAAAAGGCCAAGCAAGCCAAACUGAACAGAGGAGAUACACAGCAAGACAAGCAAGUAAAGGAAGCCAGAAGCAAGUGUCGAACAAUUGCAUCCCUACUGACAGAUGCUCCCAACCCUCACUCCAAGGGGGUGCUGAUGUUCAAGAAGAGGCGGCAGCGGUCAAAGAAGUACACCCUCACCAGCUUUGGCAGUGUGGAUGAGGAUAGGUGUCCAGACUCACAAGAAGAGGAUGGGGUGUUCCCUGGCAGUGAGUCGGAGUUUGAUGAAGAUGGGUUUUCAGCAGUUCCUGACCCAACUUGGGAUAGUGACUACUUGGAUAUGCUAGAGAAGAGGGCUACUGCAGGCAUUGAAGGUCGUGGGGAUGGGGCAGAGGACGCUCCGAGUCCAGGGUUGAGUGAGACUGCAGGCAAGGGCGUCCAAUUGUUUGAGCAGCAGAGAAAGAGGGCUGCUGAGCAUGCCAAGAAGGUGGAGGCAGUACAACUCCAGGCUCCUCCACAGUUUCAAGCACAGGAGCAGGCUCAGUUACAUCCAGAGAUACAACCACAUAUCCAACAAGGUCUUAAGCCUCAGCAGAUGAUACCACCUGGUCCUUCAGUCAUACGGCAAGAUCUAUCCCAAGUUCCUGAUCAAGUUGCUGUUGCAGCUCAUGAUAUUAGUAAUGGGGACCUACCCCAUUAUGAAAUUAGCACAACAAGCAUAGUGAUGUCACCUCCACCUGUGGCGCCAAAACCAGCCACUGCCUCUGUGACUAUUCUGACUAGCCAUACAUCACCAGCGGAGACACCAUUACCAGACCUAACUUCCAGUAAUGUUCUCAAUAGAACUGCACGUCCUUUCACACCUGGCUUCAUCAGCAUCCGAGCUGCGACUGUCCCUGUAACAUUCAGACCACCUGUUACAAAGACAAGCCAGCGACCUGCCUCAGCAGCUGUUGUGCCAGCACCAUUCUUCACUGCAUCUGAGCAAGCCAAUAAUGCUUCAUCAGUAAUGACACAGCUACCCCCUGGUCCUCCGUCAGUGCUCUCCUCAUCAUCCUCUAUACCUCAAGGUCCUUUGGCCCUGACACCAGAAGCUCUGGUUACCUUUCACCCUCCGGCCAUCUCUACCUCUGUAGAGACAAUGCAGGCAGCACAACCAAUAACUACUGCUAAUCAGGUUUCAUUUGCAACUGUGCCCCCAGCAUCAAUGCCUUCAAUUCACCCAGCUCCACAAGAACCAAUGGCUCCAGCCCCUCUCCCUUCCGUAUCCCGAAUUCCCAGUUCAGCUCACCCAGUUGCAUCAAGGCCUCCAGUUCAAAUUCUAGUUGCUCAGCCACCUCCACCUCAAUUUUCCAUGUCACCUGUAGCUCCAGUGGCAGUAGUGUCCCAGCCAGAAGCUAUAACUCCAGUUGCAUCAAGGCCUCCAGUUCAAGCGCCAGUUGCUCAGCCACUUCCACCUCAAUUUUCCAUGUCACCUGUAGCUCCAGUGUCAGUAGUCUCCCAUCCAGAGGCUGUAGCUCCAACCCCUGUUCCUGGUUCAGCAUUUCGUACAGGAAUCUUAUUAGAGGCUCGACGCCGUGGUGGUAAACCCAAACCUAUGUUCAAUGUGCCAGAUGUCAAGAAGAACUCCCCCAAUCCUGAUCUGUUGUCCAUGGUGCAGAAACUUGAUGACAGGUACACCCGCUACAAAGGCCCACCACAAUCUGCUGAGGCUACCUAUGAUGGUGCAGUGGAAGAGAGCAGUGGUGAGGCUGGUAUUGGGAGAGUGCCUCCUCCAGUGGCACCCAAGCCUCGGGUUAUCCACGAGGCCCCACAGAUUCUUCAAGCAGGAGGUAAGGGGGCUCAGCUGUUUGCCCGCAGACAGAGCCGCAUGGGUAUGUAUGUAGUCGACACACCACCUGAGACCCCUUACCAGCAGGAAAUGGCCUCAGACAGUGCAGCCCAACCCUUUGACUCUUCCCCCAGCUCUUUUCCUUCUCAGUGGAAAUACUCCCCGAAUGUCCGAGCCCCUCCACCCAUUGGGUACAACCCACUCCUGGGACCCUCUAUUCCUAUGGGGCCUCAGAGGGAUACAGGAAAGCCAGACAGCAAGGGUAGGGGGGGCUCCCAAAGAGAAGGCAUCAAAGCUCUGGAUUUCAUGAGAAGGCAACCUUACCAGCUCAACUCUGCCAUGUUCAACUAUGGAGGCAGUGCUGCUAAUCUAUCAGUCAUGCCUUCUUACCAGGCUCAGAGACAGCAGCAAGGUGACUACACAACAAUGGUGGGCAGCUCAUUAACGUCGCCUAGACAGGUCCCCCUGAGAACAGCCCGUGUCUACGAGAUCAAGCGAUUCUCCACACCCACUCCCAUGUCAGCUCCCACUUUGGCUCCCAAAGUCAUCGCACCCCGCUCAGCCACUACCCUUGGAGAACGUCUGUCUCACUCUUACAUGAUCUCCCCACCACCUGCUCCUUUCACUCAAACCCUGGCCCCUCCCCUGACACCAGCAGUAGUCAGUGCUCCAACUCCAGCGUCACCUCCCUUCCAACCAGCUGGACUGCCCUGCCUCCCAAAAUUCUCUGCCAACCCUAUUCCAAACCCUGUGACUGCUGCAGUCCCUACACCUUACACUCCAGUCGCAUACACCACUGGGCUCCAGGCAGCCAAGCAGUUCCAGAGUGCACCUGAGCUCAGUAUUCUUGCCUCUUUGCCCCCACUGAAAUCCAACCCAGUCCAGGCACCGAAACCACAUUUUAUAGCCACAAGGGGAGGCGUCCAGGCCCGUGUCUGGAGGCCAGGGGCAAUAUGAACAGCAGAAAAUCAGCCACUUCCACACUUGGACAUAUUCAUGUACUAUUCAUUUAGUGCUGUAGUUGUUUAAGUCAAGCACACAAGCCAAAUAUCCAUUGGUUCCAGUUUCUAAAAUGUGACAAUUGUCUGCUUUUUGUUAUCUUUUUGUUGGGAUUUGCGUGGUUGGUCAGACAAAGGAAGCAUUUUGAAGAUAUCACCUUAGGCCUUGGAAAAUUGUAAUGGGCAAUCCCAGUAUUACCUGAUAUUUUACAGACAAUUAAUCAAUUAUGCGAUAAUGGUAAUAGAUUAUAACAUCUACUUGCUGCUCAAAAUGCUGCUUAUCAUAUUUAUUUUGCUGCCAACACAUCUACUCACACCUGUAUCUGAGUGACAAUAAUAAUAGGGAAUAGUAGCACAUAUUGUAUGCUGUAUAGUCCACCAUAUGCCUGUCCUGGGGGAGGUUUGUGUAAGGCUUCUGGAGAUCUCUUUCUUCUAAUUUAGCAGAAAUACCAUCUAAACAGAGCCUGUACUGAAUUAUUCUUUGAAACUUGAAAUGUCUGACAGAUGUUUAAAAUGAACAGUUAUGGUUCUGAGAAAUAGAAUUAAAUCUCUGAAGGUUUGUGUUGUAGUAUGUUGACAGGCGGAGGAUCAUAAGGCAAACAAGAGGGCUUUUUUUUUUGAACAUGUAAUUCUGUUAUUCAACACAAGUACUACUAAUUAAAUUGAAAAAAAUAUUUUUUUACCCUCUGUAUCAUUAUUGAGAAGGAACCCACGAUGACCUGUCUUCUCGUCGAGAGGUUUAAUGAUGCAUGACCAGUUUAAAACUGUAAAAUGUAUUUAAACACCUCAGCACACUGUGAAACUAUGUGAGGACAAGGUUCGCUUUUCCAAAGUGUUCGUGGCUUGAGAUAAAUUCAACUGCUCACUAUAGCCAGAGAGAAAUGCAAUCUUUUGAAUGGGUCAGAUUCAGCAAGUGCCUGGCUGUCACUCAUUGUAUACUUGUCACUGGAUAUCAUGGCUUCCACUUGCCACUUAGAGCCUUUUUAGUAUCAGUGUGGUCUUUGCAGAUAUAUGUAACUUUUAUUAAAUAAAUAACACAUAUGAAGGAAUGUGUAUUUUGUUUUGUUUAAUUGUGAUUCAGUCUAAAGUGGUGCAAGGAAAAUAUAACUGAGGCACCAGCAUCUGUAUAAGGGUUCAAGAUAUGAGGGUGGCUGUGGAGAAGGGAUAAACGCAGGCCAAAUAAGUCAAUGGGGUCAUAGCCCAAUAUUUCAAAUAAAGGGUCAUGAUCAGAUAUAGUUCUUUGGCAGAAAAUUGAGACUUGUUGGUGCAUUGCACAGUGUAAUGAAAUCCCACAGCCUGUAGAGGUUCAAGGAUGAUGACAAGAAGGUAUGGGACCUGAGAUUAAUUGAUAAAGCUGAAGAAUCUGAUGGAAAGAAGCACACAAGUUUAGCUGGUACCUUUUGAUUAACAAUGGUUGCUAUAAAAAAUAAGGAUUAAAUGUAUUUGAUGGCUAUAGUAUAUCUGGAGAGACUGAUGAUGUUAAUGGUAACAAGUAAAAAACAAAUCAAUACAUUAUAUUCAAUUGUGGUAUUCUUAAGUAGAUACUUUAUAUUUUUUACCACUUAAGUGAUUAUAUCUCUGAAAGGUCUUUCUUGUAUUCAUAAUACUGGCUGCCACAAAUCUAGUUUGUGGAUAUAGUUAUGAGGUGUAAAAUAUGAUAAAUACAUGUUUCUGGAUGUAGUUGGAUCAAAGAAUAAGUGUGAAAAUGUUUGUUAAUAAUGCUGAGUAGAGACAUUUAUACUGACAUGGAGACAUUUUUAGAGGAAUAAAAUUAGAUUUGAAAGCGC